AUUCCGCUUUGCAUCGCUCUUGUUUUUUUUGAUCGCCCCGCAGGUUGAGCUUGUUGAGGUCUUCAGCAGAAAACCUCAUCAAGUACUGAGUACUGAGUUCUCAAUCGCUCUGCUAUUGACUGGAAUCAGGGAUGUAUGAAGUACUCCCGGCUAAAACUGGAUUACGCGUUCUGAGGAAGUCGAGGAAGUUAAGGUACGUGAUAGCAGUGGUCACCGAAGGCACCCAACUGAUUCAGAUUGUGCUUGAAAUAUCCAUCCAGACCUUCAAUGUCCCAAGACUUUUGAUCAAUCAUAAGACUGUCAAAAUCGCUUCUUCACCCAGAUUUACGCGUUCUCAAACUUACUCGAAGUGAUGAAGCUUCAAGUAGUUGAGGAGUAAAGCUUAUACGACACCGUUCCCGGCCCUUUUUAAACCGCUAGCUGAACAUGUCCCUUAACUUCUAAAUGUCGACCACCUUCGCGAACGCCUUCCUAUAUAGCAUUUGCGCAAAAAGGUUUCUUGACCACCCACCGAGGAAGAAGAGUGUCAACGCCAAAGCCUCCUUUAAUGCUUACCGAGUCCUCCCUCGCCCGGAGAAGAGCCUGGCCCCCGUUCCGCAUUUUGCCUGACAUGCCGAAGAUUCCAUGGAUUUCUGCUCUUCGACAGAACGAUAUGAGCCUAUGAACAAGGGUACGCUAGUACAUUCAUAGUCUCUCUGUGCCCUCCCUCAGGUUCUGUUCGGGUACAACGCGUUGAAUUGAGUGCGAGGACAGAUUACGGCCAAACUACGGUUAUAUUUUUUCUCUUCGGGCCCAACUAGACCGCGCUUAGGUUCUAUCGCACGUACUAGCAGGCUUACAAAGCUUGCUUGACCCCGGCCCUUCGACUCUGUAGUGGCUUCUGGAUACUAGAAUGGUGCCAGAAAUGCCAGAAAUUUUCUGGAAUCAAGUGGACAGAACAAUACAAUACAAUACACCUAUCCGUCGUUCCCUGUCUUGUCGAGGAAUCUUGAAGUCUUGAUCAUGAAUGCGUCAUUGAAAUUUCCUUCUAGUUCGCCAUUUUUACACAUCAUCCCGAUUCUGGCUAUGCUAUUGAAACAUGCCCCUUGAUUGAUUCUGAUAUUUUUAUUUUUACACCAUUUUCAAUGCAGCGGUUCCCACUCGGAUCCAGGAGAGCGCUCGCCUUCUUUGCCGGCCCAUUACAUGAGAAAAGCACAUAUAUAAGAGGGCCAGUGUGGGCCUGAAGGGUUCCUUAACCAUCCUUGGCCCCGCGCGUCUCCUUCCUCACUGACCAUGGGUGGUGUCUGGUUAUCUCGGACUACAAGUGUCCUCCGACUUGCGAUCGCUCUAACAUGGGCUUUGACGAUUUAUGCUCAAAGUUCAAUCACUCUCCCCAGCACCUUCCCACAUAAUUAUACCGGGAUUCCGAGCGGUGGAUAUGGCCCAGAUUGGCAAAACUAUUUUGAGGUCACCGAUACUCUUCCCAAUGUCACGAAACCGAUUUCACGAAGCUUUGCGGGGAACAUUGCGGUCGAUCGAGCUGGGCAUCCGAAUGACACAUUAUGGUUUUGGGCUUUCGAAAAGGAAAAUGGAUCGCUUACUGCACGAGCUGGAGAGAAGGAAGAUGAGCCUUGGCUGGUUUGGUUGAACGGAGGCCCAGGAUCCUCUAGUCAGUUAGGGUUGUUAACUGAAAACGGACCCCUCCGCGUCCAGGGAGACUUUUCGGUGACUCAGAAUAACUUUAGUUGGGACAAACUGGCGGACGCGUUUUGGGUUGACCAGCCUGUUGGUGUAGGAUAUUCGACUUCAGAUGCCACGGGAUAUGUGUUUGAUGAAGAUCAACUGGGACAGGACUUCGUCGGAUUUCUCGCUAACGUCGUCAAAGUGUUCCCAAGCCUUGCAACGCGUCCGUUUUAUCUGACCGGGGAAAGUUAUGCCGGUGUUUUCAUUCCAUACAUCGCAAAAGCGAUUCUAUCAACGCCCAACCCACCUGUCAAGCUCCGUAAAAUUGCGAUUGGGGAUGGUGCGAUGGGGUCUUUCCCUGGAUACGAGGAAAUCUCCACGGUCAAUACACUGGAGACCUGGCCGCAGAUCAUCAACUUCGAUCAGGAAGUCUUUCAGUAUUUCCGCGAACAGACACAUCUUUGUGGAUACGACCUGAACUUGACAUACCCUCAGACCGGAGGACACUUCCCCUCCUUACUUAGUCCCUUCCAUGUUACGCAUAACCCGCAAGUGGUCUUUGGAGAAGGGAGAGUAAGAGGAAGGGGAAGGUUCGAUCUGAACUUUCCCAGUCGGUCAGAUUUCGUAUCGGAGAUCGUCAAGAGGAUAAAUCAUGAAGAUGGGCGAUUGAAAGAAAAGAGACAGGGACAACAGAAACUUACCCUUGAUCAGUGGAAAAGGGAACACCUUUCCACAGGAAAGCUGGAUCCGGAUUAUGGUUGUUUCCUUUGGGAGGAAAUGACGGACUUCGCGAUGAACUUCACUUUUCCUUGGUCUCAAGGAGAAUUCGAUCCAUACGACACUCCAGACGCUCUGAGUCCCGAGGUGCCCGCUGAUCCUACCGUGUUUUUGAAUGACCCAAGCACUCGCGCAGCACUUCAUGCCCCCAACAAAACAUGGGUAUCGAGUUUCAGGUUCCCCUUUGGCAACAGUACCGGCCUGACCCCAGCUGGAAGUCCGUGGGGAGAUCGUAGUGUCGAACCUGCAGCGUUCAUGUCCGAGCUCUGGACCAAUGCUAGCAAACAAAAUGUUGGGAUUGUUAUCUAUGAGGGUAAUUCCGACUCAUUAGUGGAACAUUUCAGUGCAGAGGUCGUAAUUCAGAACACGACGUUCGGUGGUAUCCAAGGCUUCACGAGGCGACCAUCUACACCAUUUCCAGGAGGAGAAGGUAUCAUCCAUCAAGAACGGAACAUCACCUAUGUGCUCUUCAAUAAAGCAGGUCAUUUUGUCCCGCGGUCGGUUCCAGAGGCGGCAUUCAUCUUCCUCAAAGAAUUCGUCCUCGGAAACAACUCCACUGGACUCGUGGAAGAAAAAGGCGGUAGCGUGACAGUCGUAGGAGGGGAGGACCCUACGCUCUCAGGUGCAGUCCUCCCAGCUGACACUGCGGCGAUAUUCUACGGUAGUUUGAGGACGGAGUCUUCGAGUUUUGCUCCCACGGCUACUAUUGCUAAAUGGCAGAGUUUCAUCCAAACGGCGACUGCGACUGCCAAGUUGGACUCGGACAAGCAAACGAAUGCGGCCCUGGUUAGCGAUUCCAUGAUGGGUCUCUGGGAGUGUGUGCUCGCUACCGGAUUUAUGACGAUUAUGAGUGUUAUAUAUAUAUAAAAGAGGAGCU